CACAGAGGAAACCUACAGCGUUUUGUUUAACUCCACUUGCCACAAUUUGAAAAUGAUUUCUCGGGCAUUUUCUGCACUCACUGUGCUAUGUCUCUACGCUGUUGUGACAGAGGCGUUUCAAAACAGAAGAUCGGUGUCUUGCCCUGUAUGCAGUGAAAUUCUUGCGAACAUUGCAAGUGGAAAGGCGUAUCAUUUGUCCUAUAAAUGCAAAUGCGUUGUUCGAGACCUGAAGAUGUCUAUGGCCCAGCUUCAAACAGCUAACUCUAAUCUUAAAGGCCAGGUUACAGGGCUAACAGCACAUCUGGGUACAACCCAAAGCGAACUGGACGCCACCCGAAGCCAACUGAACGCCACCCAAAGCCAACUGGACACCUCCCAAAGCCAAAUGAAUGCCACCCAAAGCCAACUGAACGCCACCCAAAGCCAACUGGACGCCACCCAAAGCCAACUGAACGCCACCCAAAGCGAACUGAACGCCACCCAAAGCCAACUGGACACCUCCCAAAGCCAACUGGACGCCACCCAAAGCGAACUGAACGCCACCCAAAGCCAACUGGAUGACGCAAAUCAACGAUUGCAGAAUGUAUGUCCGAACUCUUCAGCUAUCAAGGCUGCUUGCAAUGCAAAUUCUAACUUCACUUUCUUGACGUCUGACAAUGGCUGUGUGGCUAUCUGCUAUCACGUCUCGAACAGUUUCGAAAUGAGCUACCCACAAGCAAAAACACAUUGUUCAGACGCUGGCGGCGCGUUGAUCACUCUUGAUACGAUGGAGAAAAACGCGCUGAUGCUGAAUACCAUCAGAACAUUGUACAAGGGCAAACACAUAUAUAUCGGUCUAAGAAAGGUGGAUGGCCAAUGGUUGUGGGAAGGAACAGGCAACCAAGCGACGUUCACAGACUGGUUUUCAGGACCAAGCAAGUUUGCGAAGUGUACAGUGUUGAACCAUUUCCAUCAGCAUCGCUGGAACAACCAAAACUGCAAGUUUCAUCAUUUCAACGCUGGCGCGCUCUGUGAACUCACAGUAGCAUGAAGCACCUUUGGCUAAAUGAAGAAAACACUUUCUAACCAAACAAAUCGAAUUAGUAAGUCUUGAAAACUUUUUGUGAAAUCACCGUGCAGAAAUAUAGGAGAAGAGAGCAUUUGGUUUUGUUGUUAUUUUACUGAAAAAUACCCCCUUCUGCAUAUUUUGGCUAAAGAUUAAAUAAUUUAUAAAAUAAAGUACAUCAUGAAUGUAUACUGAACACUGAAAUAAAAAUGGUGUUACACAAAGA